UCUGAGUUACAGGGGGUAGGCGAAGCAGAGUCAACACGGCAACGAUGCAUAAGCUGGUGCUUUGCUGCCUCGUCAUUAUCAGCUUCUCCUCUCCUCUCUCCUCUGUCCCCAUCAUCAAUGCCAGUGAGAUGUCUUAUCAACUCUCAGCUGAUGAAGAUUCGAGAUUGAAGCUGGGCAGCCUAGGAAGCACUUCCUUGCUUCAGUUUUUGCCAGAGCUCUUGGAUACUCUGACUGAAGACAACAAAGCAGGUCUCAGUCCCAGCAGCUACAGCCCAAGGGAAAAUAUAAAAGAGGCUCUCUAUGAAAAUCACCCUCAAGUGGCUUUGCUGGGACGCUUCUUGACCAAGGACAGGAAACAGUACAAGAAGCGUGGGAACCUUUCUGAGUGCUUCUGGAAGUAUUGUGUGUAAAGAGGAGAAGAAACUCUGCCUGACUUUGGGUGCAUAAUUUAAACAGAUGUCUGCAAACAUGUAUAGAAAUUUGCUUAAGAUGAGACUGAA